AUGGUGACUGCUCCGUUACUGGGAUGGGUCGCCGUCCGACCCAUCCCCAGGUUGUCCAAACUAAACACCUGCAAAUAUGUAUCGAGCAGCUUACAAUCAUACAAAAGAUCAGUCGGAUCAUGUCUCGGGAAACAGCAAAGUCGCGAUUUUAGUUAUUCCGCAACUUUAACUGACGCAGGUAUCGACCUUGAAAAAACUCGAAACAUCGGCAUUAUUGCUCAUAUCGAUGCCGGCAAGACCACCACGACGGAACGCAUGCUCUACUACAGCGGCUUCACACGACGGAUAGGCGACGUCGAUGACGGAUCAACGGUCACAGACUUUCUACCAGCCGAAAGAGCUCGUGGAAUCACUAUCCAGUCUGCUGCAAUUACCUUCCACUGGCCACCCUUGGCGGCCGAUGGGACCUCCAGCGGCCCUAGCUUGGAAGAGCUAGAGUCUCAAAAUCUUCCAAGGUCAAGAGCAUCUCAUACAGUCAAUUUAAUCGACACGCCAGGCCAUGCAGACUUUACAUUUGAAGUUUUGCGGUCUUUGCGUAUUCUUGACGGGGCGGUCUGUAUCCUAGACGGGGUCGCUGGCGUUGAAGCACAAACGGAGAAAGUAUGGCAUCAAGCUAGUGUGUAUCAAAUUCCGCGAGUUGUUUAUGUCAACAAGCUUGAUCGGGAUGGUGCUGCAUUUGGGCGCACAGUGCGUGAAGUAGGCUCGAGAUUGCAGGGCUGGCCCGCAGUCUGCCAAAUACCUUGGUUUGAAGGUGGCAAUGGGCGUUUCACUGGAAUUGCAGAUGUCAUUUCGCUUCAAGGUCUGUUAUGGAAGGAAGGUGGUGAUGGAAAAUCCGUCAAGGUAUUCGACCUGGCUGGGUUGGAGAACGAGGAUAAAAGACUUGCCGAGGAAUUGAAACAUGCUCGUGUGGCCUUGGUCGAAUUACUAAGUGAACAUGAUGAAGACAUGGUGGAGUCAUUUUUUGAGCAUGAAGAUCAUCUAAAGGUUCCACCAAUGACAAUACUCAAAAGUCUCCGCAAGUGUUUGCUUGGUCCUGAAGCACAAAAGAUUAUACCAGUGUUUGCUGGCUCUAGUUUCAGGAACAUGGGCGUGCAGCCUUUGCUCGACGCAGUCAACAAUCUUCUACCUGGCCCAUCCGAGAAAUCUACUCAGCGGAGAGUUGACGCUGCAACAAGAGCCCAAGACCGCCAAUAUCGCGAAACCCAAGCAAAAGAAGAAAACGGCAGUAGCACCAACAUCUGUAGACACCAAACACCUGGCCGCUAA